AUGCCCGAGUACACUGCCGGUAACUCCUCUGAGGACAGUGGUAACUACGAGGAGUGGAUCCCGUCGUUCUGCGCGCGGUUUGGCCACGAGUUCUUCUGCCAGGUGCCCGUGGAAUUUAUAGAGGACGACUUCAACAUGACCUCGCUGCCACAGGAGGUCCCACACUACAGGAAAGCCCUGGACCUGAUCCUGGACCUCGAAACGAUGUCCGAGGACGAGGGCUCCCCCACCGCUGCAGACUCCAUUGAAACGGACGACCCGGCUUCGCGCUCCAUCAUUGAACACUCCGCGGAACAAUUGUACGGGCUCGUCCACGCGAGGUUCAUCCUCACGAAACAGGGGUUGCAGGCCAUGGCGGAGAAGUUCGACCAUAAAGUCUUCGGUACUUGCCCGAGGUACUACUGCUCCGGGAUGCAGCUGCUGCCCUGCGGGCUCAGCGAUACAGUGGGGAAGCACACGGUGCGGCUGUACUGCCCGAGCUGCCAGGAUCUCUACUUACCGCAGUCGUCGCGGUACCUAUGUCUCGAGGGAGCGUUCUGGGGCACAUCGUUUCCCGGUGUGUUCUUGAAACACUUCAAAGAGCUCGAGGACUACGUCGAACGGAAGUCCAAGGAGUCGUACUCGCUCAAAGUGUUCGGCUUCAAGAUCAGCGACCAGGCAAUAUCGGGCCAGCGGAUGCACUGGCUCAGACAGUACCCAGAGACGGAGGAGGAGAAGCUCGAGUUCAAAAGCUGUGAGUUCGAACUGCCCGCCGUUUAA